AUGAAGUCUGUUGAGCCUAGGCGCUUUCACUUGCCUUUUGGUGGAAUUAACAUUGUCCUUGGUGGUGAUUUUCGACAAAUUCUACAGUUCAUACCCGGAUCUAACUGCAGUGAGGUUGUUGCUGCCGGAAUCAGUCGAUCAAAACUUUGGAGUAAUGCUAGUCUCCAUACCUUGGUCAAAAACAUGCGUAUUAAUAGAGGAAGCAACGAAGGUGAAGUUGAGCGCAUGAAAAAGUUUGCCCAGUGGGUUCUUGAUAUAGGAGACAUGAAGAUUCAGAAAGCAUCGGAUGGAGAGUUUGAUGAUGAUAUUGAAAUCCCAUCUGAAUUCUGCAAUAUAGGUAAUGAGAACUGUAUUGCCGAUAUGAUUGAUACCACCUUUCCUGAUUUUGCAGAACACUAUAAUGAUCCCAAGUACUUGAGCGAACGAGCAAUUCUAAUUCCCACAAACAACACAGUGGCUCAUGUCAAUGCUUUAAUUGUGGAUAGAAUUCCCGAUGAAUCACAAUCAUAUUAUAGUGUUGAUAAUGCAGAAGACUAUCCUGGUACAGAGACUGAGCUUAAUAAUAGUUUUCCUCCCGAAUAUUUGAACUCCUUAAAUGUCCAUGGUUUGCCUAGCCAUGAACUGAAACUGAAAGUUGGUGUUGUCGUUAUGCUCAUGCGCAAUCUUAAUCAAACGCUUGGUUUAUGCAAUGGAACACGGAUGAUGGUCACGAAGUUACUUCCUCAAUGUGUUCAAUGUGAAGUAAUCUCCGGGAGUUUUCUUGGCACUAGACACUUUAUCCCUCGAAUGGAACUUUUUCCAACAGAUUCGAAGUUGCCGUACAAGCUCAUGAGGAAACAGAUGCCUUUGCAAAUCUACUAUGCAAUGACAAUCAAUAAAUCACAAGGGCAGUCCCUAGAGAAAGUUGGAUUAUAUCUGCCAAAACCAGUGUUCAGCCAUGGCCAAUUGUAUGUUGCUAUCAGCCGCGUCACAUCUCCUGAAUGCCUUCGGAUUUUUGUUGAAUCUCAAAUAGGAUUUAAUUCACGCUGCACACUGAUAGACAUGUCUUUCAUAGAGCACUCCAGUUUGGCCGCCCUGAACGAUUCACGAUAUGACUGGACCAUUUCUGUACGCGCUCAAGCUAUAUGGCAAGGAAUUAAUAUGCAAACCAAAGAAUUCAGAGGUCUCAAUGUUGUAUUUAUCGAUGAUGAAGUAAGUUAG